GCGGACAGACCGACCGACGGACAGACCGACCGUGUGAGAGGAUGUGAAGAUGGCGGAGCUACAGAUGCUGCUGGAGGAGGAGAUCCCGGGGGGGCGCCGGGCCCUGUUCGACAGCUACACGAACCUGGAGCGGGUGGCCGAGUACUGCGAGACCAACUACAUCCAGUCAGCAGAUAAGCAGCGAGCCCUGGAAGAAACCAAAGCCUACACAACCCAGUCAUUAGCAAGCGUAGCCUAUCUGAUCAACACUUUGGCCAACAAUGUUCUCCAAAUGCUGGAUAUCCAGGCAUCCCAACUUCGACGCAUGGAAUCUUCAAUCAACCAUAUUUCACAAACGGUGGACAUUCACAAAGAGAAAGUUGCUAGAAGAGAAAUUGGUAUCUUGACUACAAACAAAAACACCUCAAGAACUCACAAAAUCAUUGCACCAGCUAACUUGGAGCGACCAGUUCGCUACAUCAGGAAACCUAUUGAUUAUACAAUUCUAGAUGAUAUUGGACAUGGAGUGAAGUGGUUGCUUAGAUUUAAGGUCAGCACACAGAACAUGAAGAUGGGUGGGCUUCCUCGUACAACACCACCCACCCAGAAGCCACCAAGUCCACCGAUGUCAGGAAAAGGAACUAUUGGGCGUCACUCCCCGUACCGCACGCUGGAGCCGGUGCGGCCCCCGGUGGUGCCCAACGACUACGUGCCGAGCCCCACGCGCAACAUGGCACCCUCCCAGCAGAGCCCCGUCAGAACCGCCUCCGUCAACCAGAGGAACCGCACCUACAGCAGCAGUGGGAGUAGUGGAGGAAGCCACCCAAGUAGUCGGAGCAGCAGUCGAGAGAACAGUGGAAGUGGAAGUGUAGGUGUUCCCAUUGCUGUUCCAACACCAUCUCCUCCUAGUGUCUAUCCAGCCCCUGCUGGCUCAGCUGGCACUUCUCCCCUUCCUGCUACCUCUGCUCCUGCCCCCACUCCUCCUGCUCCUGCCCCUCCCUCCGCUGCCCCAGAUGCUGCUGCUGCUGCAGGAGCUCAGCCCCUUGCUGAUGGCUUCACCUCUCCAACUCCCCCCGCUGUUUCUUCCACACCCUCUACAGGUCACCCAGUUCAGUUCUACAGCAUGAACAGGCCUGCAUCUCGACACACCCCCCCGACAAUAGGGGGCUCUUUGCCAUAUCGGCGUCCUCCUUCCAUCACAUCCCAGACAAGCCUUCAGAACCAGAUGAAUGGAGGACCUUUUUAUAACCAGAACCCAGCAUCCCUUGCUCCUCCUCCCCCCUCCAUCCUACAGGUAACUCCACAGUUACCACUAAUGGGAUUUGUGGCCAGAGUUCAAGAAAACAUUUCAGAUACUCCUCCCCCGCCACCGCCUGUGGAUGAGGCAGUGUUUGAUGAGUCUCCACCUCCACCCCCACCUCCAGAAGAUUAUGAGGAGGAGGAAGCAGCUGUGGUGGAGUACAGUGAUCCGUAUGCAGAGGAGGAUCCUCCUUGGGCACCAAGGACAUACUUAGAAAAGGUGGUGGCGAUCUAUGACUACACCAAGGACAAAGAAGAUGAGCUCUCAUUUCAGGAAGGUGCCAUCAUUUACGUCAUCAAGAAAAAUGAUGAUGGCUGGUAUGAGGGGGUCAUGAAUGGAGUCACGGGGCUCUUCCCAGGGAACUAUGUGGAGUCGAUCAUGCAUUACUCAGAGUGAAGACUAGAGGACAGAACACUGCAUCUCCUGCUGCAGGAGCUGUCAGGGCUUCCCAGAUCUCCACCAGCCUCUGGGGCCCAAUCCAGUAUAACUGAAUGAAGGAUAAAUGUAACAACCACUCUUUUGGGUUUGGUUUGGUUUUUUUUUUUUUUUCCCCUUCAUUAUAAAACAAUAGUGAUUUGAGUUGUUUGAACAAAUGGCUCUUCCAGCGGCCAGCAGAGGCUAUCCUGAGCCAUCUGACUUUGACCCAUUCAGAUGUAACAAACUUGUCGAGUAGCCGAUACUUCACUCGAAUUCUGACUUCUUCUGACAGGCCUUGGGAUCUGUCUCAGGAAUCCUGUGUGCCCCCGUGGUACUACCAUUGGCAGCAAUGCCUGGCACCGGGGAUGUCCUGGAUGCUUGUGGUGAAGGUUACUGGCCAGUGGACAUCCCUCCUGUUUCUACACUACACUCCUGUGCAGCUGGAAGAACAGCCGUGUGCUGGCAAACACUGGGAUUUCUGCACAGAGACGUUUCUGUGACUGCCUUCCAGAUAGCUGGAUCAAUCUUUAGCGUAAACACUUCUGCAGCUGCUCUGCACACGUAGGCUGACGCAGGGGCACACAGAGCUGGCUUUCAUUCACUCACCUUUCAGUUCAGACAAUUAAGAUGGCUGCAGCCCAGAGGACCCCCACCCCCAUUUCCUUAUCUUUUGAAUGCCACAUAUUUGUUUUGUGUUCUGCACUGAUGUAAAUGUGCUCCUCUCCACAGCGAGCUCCUUGCCAUGGUUGCUGCCAGUUCAAACAGAACUCACAGGUGCCGUUGAGGGUGAAGGCGAAACAAAGUUUACAGGUCCUCCUGGGGUCUGAGGAUAAACUCUAGGGGGUGUGGUCCAAGGUUCAAAUCUACUCAUGCCUGCUUGCACUAGAGAAACUUGCCCCCAACUUUAGUCUUAUGCACAAUAUAAUGUUAAAAAUCCAAUCAGGUAUUGUAAGUUGGCUAUUUUGUACUUGAUGACUAGAUUUGCAUAUGUACUGUGAGAGCCCUGUGCGGAGGCAGGACAAACGGCGAUUGUCGUCUUCAUGUCUGUUGCCAAAAUCUCUGCAGUGGAAGUAAAAAGGGCUGUUGUGUGUACUGGUUUCCCAUGGAAAUCCAAGCAGUAACUAGUAGUAGUUCUAGCUCUUCCCCUAGCCCUCCCCAUUGUUUAUUAUAAUAGAUAUUUUGAGAUGUACUGGUGGCUUGGGGUGGAGUAAUACCAAUUGAAGGCUCUGUAGCCCCUUGUGAUAAUACUUGGCUUUUUAAUCUAGUCUCAGUUAAAAAUUCUGCUCUGUGAUUGUACACAGCAGAUCACUGUAAGUGAUGGCUGUACUAUCUGCCUAAGGGAAGGUCUAAGUGUUACCUUUGAGUAAAUAUCAUGCAUAACUGAUUAAAUUUCCUGUUCAGUCUUGUUAGCCUGCAAAUUGAGCUGAUUGUGUAUCAUGAGAGCCUCCUGGGCCAGGGCAUUGUCCUGGGUGACUUUUGACUGUCACCUGGCCGAGUUCCAGCUGGUACCAACAGUAGCUUCUCCAAGGUGAGACAAUGCUGCACUUGUCUUGGAGAGGCCUGUGUGUAAAGCAGAGCAGUGCACAAGAGAGCACCACCAGGGCUGGGUUUGCGAUGGUAUUGGCAACAGACAGGUAAUGCCAAUCCCCUGGUAAUUGGUGCAAUACCGGGAUGGAGGCGCAGGUUUGGUGCAAAGCUGGGCAGGGAGGUGCCGUAGCUGCUUAAGGGGGAAGAAUGAGAAAACGGAUGGGUGAGGUGUGUUUGCAGGACCCGAGGAACAUGAUCACCUGCUGUGAGCUUGUGCAAGGUGACACACACAAGAAACUAGUUUGGUUGAAGUCUACAGGAGGGACAACUUUGAAGAAAAUGGUGUGCAGAUAGAGGUUACUUUCUCCCCUGCUCAAUCCACAUGUAGCCUAAGCACUGUUGUCUUCUCUCUGGAAGCUAACAGCAUUAUUGUUUGGGUGUGUUUGCCAGAACAGAUACCUGUAUGCCUUUUUCUUUGUGAAAAGUUGUCUUGCAGCAAGACUAGGAGAAGCAGCCAUGUUCAGUUCCCUCAGUCCCUCAUUUCUCUGGGAGCAAGCCCAGAACCACUGGUUGUGUAGUCACUGGAAUGACUGUUUCUAGUGUCUACACUUUUGGUACAGGGAGGUGGUGCUUGCAGCCAGGGGCAAUUGAACAGCAGCAUUAACAAGCCUUUGGUGCUUACAGAGUGGCUGCGUUUUCCAGGACUGUCAGAGCUUUUCUGGCUUCUCUUGCCUUAGAUGUGUUUAUGGCAAGGACUGAGCCCACAGUGCUCAAAUGCAUUGUUAGGGCAGCUCAGUGAUUUACUAAGUGAGAGCUGAACCCCUGUGCCUGUGCACCCACACUCCAGCUGGCAGGUCAUGCAUUAGUGAAAUGUGUCUUUAACCCAGUCUGUGUAAGAGAGUGCUUGAACUCUUCUGACAGGUGGGUGGGGAUAGUGUGUGAUACACGCCCACAUCCUUAAUCUUCAUUCAGCUGUUUUUUCAUCUUGAAAGUUUUCUGUGUUGUGAGAGCAGAGCAGUGUGAGCUGAGCACUUGCCAGAGCCCAGCACAGAAGACGAGGCUGCAGAACCAUGAAAGUGGAAUGUGUGACAUUCCUUGAAGAACUGGUUUUGGUCCGAGGGGCCAGGGGUUAGUUUGGUCCCUGCUGAUAGCAUGUGGAAUUGUUUAUCCUGCAAGAACUGCUGUGGAUGGAAUUUCUGGGUCACCACCUGCUGGUUUUAUGCUUUAUUAUGCAGUACUAAUGUAAAGAAAUUUGUUGAGUUUUAUGCAUAUUUUUAUUUUGUACAGAUUUUAAUUCUGUGGCUUCCUCGGGGAUGAUGAGAUAUAAUGGUCAUAGCCCAGGCCAAGGUAAACAGGCUUUGUAUAUUAAUGUUACAUAGAUUGCAUGCUAGUAAAGUCAGUGAGGGUUGUGUUUCCAGUUUUGUCCCCUGUACUUCUCCUUGUCCAAAACCCUCUCUCCCCCACCCCUUUUUAAUUUACAGGUUUAACUUAAAAGGGGCUGGCAAUUGGGAUUAGGGUGGGGGAGAAACACCUCAGUAUUUUAAGUAGGUGCACGGCAUCUCUGCACUGCUGCGUUCUGCUGCCACACCUGAAGGUGUUCAGCAUCACAGGCUGUUGAAGCAGGAUUGUGUAGGCAUGAGAGGUGGGGGAAGGAGAUGCUCCAGCAUAGCCCAAAGAGUGCUCUAUGGCCAAAAUGAGUAUGUUUCUCCCUUUGUGAGAACUGCCUUAGCCCAGCCAGCUGUUUUCAUUGUGCACAGAAAUCGUUCAGCAUUCUCUAGCGGUGUAUUUUGCCUUGGUUUGCUGUAUUAGAGGUUUCUUCCUCUUGGCCCCAGGGACAAAGCUGUUAAUUACAGCUGCCUCUCCAUCAUGUGCCUGCAUGAGGGGAAGUCUGACAGAGCCUGUCCACAUCUAGUGCCGAAGCAGGUUAAUUCUGGUGCCUUCUUUCCAGCCUAAGAGAGAUGGCUGAGAUUGCAUGUGUCUCACCCAUUUUUUUUCCCCCUCACCUUUUUUUUUUUUCUCUCUCACUGGUUAGAGCAGAGGGCUGAGAGGGGCAGGAGAGGCAAGCAGCAAAUUUUAUGCUUGAGCAUCCAGAGUGUGUGUCCAUGCACACUGGCUGGAAUAGGCACCAGAGAGCUGAAGCAAUGCCUGAACUCUUGCUGGUCUCACUGGUGAGACACAGGCAGAUACUGCUGCACUGAAGAGCCUUUGCUCUCACUAGAGGAUAAGAGGUGUGGCGUGGCCCCAAGGUAGAUGAGAAUCUGGUGUGUGUUACCAGGAGGCUGAUAAUGUUCCUGGAAUUCAGUUUGUCCUUGCAGUUAGUUCAGGUGGUUGUUCCUGAAAGCGGCUGGAGAUUGCUGCUGGUGUGAGCUACAGGUCCUGUGGUCUGUGGCUGGGUGGCUUUACCAGUGGGUGCCAGAAAGACUUCGACCCAGCUAGUUCUUGCUAGAGCAAUUUGUUCUCCUUUCACAGCUGCUGGGCAUUUUCUUUCUUUGCUGCUGAAGGUUUUUGGUGACAGCCAAAGUUGACAUUGGCAGUGAUUCAGCUUCUGCCAAGUGCCACUUUUAUCCAGGGCGUUUCUGUUGAUCAUGAGAAGGAAGCCAGGCAGGAGCAGGACUGAUGAGCCCUUUCUGGCAGAGGGUGGGUGGGCUGCCUGCCUGCUCUGUGUGUGGUGUUGACUAGAGGUGGACAAAGGUUGUGCACCGACACUGUUGUGCUUCUGUGGUGUCUCCCACUUGUGCUUGAUGGUGACUUAGUGCUGAGCUCUUCCUAGCAACUUCUACCAUUUCUUAGCAAAUGCUGCUGGAAAUGAGCUUGCUUUUUUAUUAGUUAUGUCUGUGGGCUCCAGGCAUAAAGCAAAACUCAUGUUUUCCUUUCUGGUAAGGAUGGAACUUUAUGUGGGUUAGUGAACUGGGAGCAUUUACAGGGCUUCUCCUCCUUGGGACAGGACAUUUUGUAAAACAGGUGGAGUCUGUAUUCUCUGCAGGCCAACUUUUUGGAAGCUGCUAGAGGAUGCUGUUGAAGAGACCAUGGUGCUGUGGUUUUACUAGAAAAGCAGUACUUGUAUUCAGGGUAUAGACAGUCACUGAAUAAGCACUGCAGCAUUUUAAGCAGCAUUACCAGCACCAUGUAGAGACUUCAGUUCCCAUCUUGGCAACUGUGGCAGUGGAAACCAUACAGCGCUGUUGCAUUCACUAAGGCAAGUAUUUACAACACUAAUCUCAAGAGAAGAUGGUGGUGGAAACUGAGCAGUAGCAGGUAGAUGAUGGGCUACACCUUCUAGGUGCCACUUAGAAGAAUCUACUGUGCUUGCAGGUCUGUUCACCUUCCCCAUCUUUUGACAUCUCCCAGUAUUUGGCACUGCCUCAUUAUUAUACAGAGGUCAGAACAGUACAAGAGGGAACAAUGUCUGGUUUGGGUUCCCCCCACCCACUAGCUGAAGUCCAUGUGUAGUAACAGUCCCAUUGAUCUAUUUCUGAUUUUAAAACUUCAAGAAUAGUGGGACCCCCUACCUCAUGUCCUUGGGGAGACUACUGAAAGCUUGGUGCAACGAAGGCUUGACAACUGCUGUUAGAAAGAGUAAUUCGCAGACCAUGGUGUUCUGCUGCUUUCAUUCAAAAAAAUCCCACCCAUGUGUUUUGUUCAAUCUCCUGCCCAUGCAGGAAGAGUUUGUUUCUUUGGUACUCUAAAUAUACUAAUUUUAUUAGCACGUGUGCUUAUAAGCAAGAUCUGUUACAAAACAGUGAAGGCAGCAGCAGCCUGACGUCCAGAGGUCAGCCUACAGCCAGCAGCCUGCUGAACACUGACAUGGAGACCCUGCUGAAAUGUGUGCAGAACAUUUGUUCCAGUUUCUCUUAACACUUCAGAAGAAUCCUACCACUGCUGACUAACAGGAAGAGCUGUGUACAAAUUCAUUUCCAUUACAGCGCCUUGGUAAAGUGCUGACAGGUCUGAGAGUUUUUUGUAAAGAACAAGUGCUUCUUUUCACAUUUGAAAAAAUGUCUUUUGCAACUUGCAUGGACAAAUAGUUUCUAUGAAUUCUCUGGAGAUGUCAGUGUCUAAACAUGGAUUUUGUCCAUGCACUUUUUUGUGAAAGCAGAUACCCCCUUUGGUUUGCAGUCAGAGGAGUAUCAUGCUGUGCUUUUGCUUUUGGUACUGCUGAUGCAGUGGAUGAGUGCAGAGCCCACUGUAAAUGACCAAGCCCACAGGACUCUGGGGAGCUGUAUGCCGCCAGUAACAUUUUAUUGUGUGUGCCAUUUGAACCACCUUCCAGUGAGUGCAAAACCCAAUUUUUAAAUUUUUUUAAUUGUACUUGGAAUUAACUGUUGCUGUGUACUAAACCCUCUUGUUACGAGCCCUAAAUAAAAGGAACAAAGCACA